AUGUCAGAUAAAACCAAGUUUGAUGAAAUUACCAGUGGUGGUCUUAUUAUUCUUAUUCCUGGUGAGGAAGUGAAGAAUAUCUUCGAAAUAAAAAUAUCUAAUUCUAAUGAUAAUCAAGUUUCUUCUCUUGGGCCUGUAAUCAGAAAUGCUCGUCUAGAUAAAUUUCAAGAUACUGAUCCCAGCAAAUUUGUAUUACAUAAAGUUGAUCAUUUCCCUACGCAACCCCAACCCAUUUAUUCUGGUGAAAAAGGAAUCAAUGUUAUCGUGUAUCCUACUGAAGCAUAG